GAGGAGGUGAAAAUCGAGCGGGUUUCUCCUCGCCGGCAGCGGCGUGCAGGGGGCAGGGCUGUCCCGAGGAGGAGCGGCCGCCGCUCUCCCGCCCGCCCACGCCCGGCCGAGGCAGCGCCGCGAUGUCACUGCCGGAGAGCGGCACUGGCGGGACCCCGCCGCUGGCAGGGCACACCCGCACAUGUACGGCAGCGUUCGCCGGCAGCGCAAAGAGUGCAAGCGGUGCUCUGUGUAAUCCAGGCAGUUUGCAGCCUGGAAGUCUUGUUCUUGGUGGGCUGUUUGUGUUUUUAGGUAGCUGCAGAUGGAGAUCGGAGCAAAAAAACCCCACGCACUCCACCAGCUGCAGGGGAUCUUGGGCUGUGAUUAUAAAUGCUGCUGGUGAGGUUGCUUUCAAGAUGUACCUUGGGGUGACCCCUAGUGUGAGCUGCAGUAGUGCCACAGGGAAUGAAUUCUCCUUAAUCCUGGACAAAAACCCACUGGUGGACUUUGUGGAGGAGCUGCCAGCGGAACGAGCAUCGCUUUGCUAUUGUAACCUCCUCUGUGGGGUGAUUCGAGGGGCCCUGGAAAUGGUUCACUUAGCAGCAGAAGUUUCCUUCCUGCAGGACAGGCUGAAGGGUGAUGCUGUGACAGAAAUAGGAAUUACAUUUUUAAGGAAGCCUGAAGACAGAAAGCACAGAAGAAACAAAUGAAAGGAAUAUUGGGAGAAACCCUUGCUGAGGGACAUUUUGUGCCUUUUGUUUCAAAAGAAGACAGGGUAAAAAUGGCUUUGCUGAGUCAGCUGCACCAGUUAUGUGGUUGAAAGGUGAAGAGAGCUGGGCAGCAGAGAGGAGGGGCAGAGCAGGGGGCAGCAAUGUUAAUUGUCAUGACACAGGGAUCAGUAAAAAAGAUGCAAAUGAUCUGCCCUUCCUUCUCACAUACCCAGGCUCUUGAACUUAAUGGAAGCUUUACUUCCGUAUUUAGUGUGUGCUAAAUAUUUAUCUGUAUACCAACAGUUUUCAGGCCAAGGUGGUGACCUUUUCAGACUUUGCCACUAAUUUUUCAAAGCAUGGCUGCUAGAGGUGCUUUAUUUUCCUGGCUGUGUGUUGUUAUCCUUAAAGGAUUCACUUGCUGGGAUUGCUGUAUGCAGUGUCUCACUCACACGUUUGAUGUGUAAUGCUUUGCCAUUCAUUGUCCUGCACACUGGACAUCCUGCUGUCUCUGAAACCAGGGAGGGACGGGUGUUCACUGAUGGCAGGAGCUGGUUGUGUUCUUUCCAGCUCUUCAGGCCCCACCUGCAGUGCUGCUGGCACUCCUGUUCAGUCCUGUGCACACCCCAGGCUGCAGCACUCUGACAACUGCAGCAGUGCUUGUGUCUCUGCAAGCCAUGGGCCUUUUCAUGUCAGCCUUCUCUCCAAGAGCCCUGAUCUUGUGACCAAACUGAACAGAGCAUGAUGUAUUUAGUGUGUAGCCACUGUGGAUCUGUACCUGUCUAAGGAAGCUCGAAUUAAACUUCUGAGAUUGUCACAAAACUGUUUUGGUGUUCGUGUUUUCUGCUCUUGCCUGGCCUUCACCACCUGCUGUUGAUCAUCUUCCUCUUGGCAGUGGAUUUGUUACCACAACUGGGAAGCAGCGAAGGAGCAGCCUGAGAGAAACCCAAGUUAUAGGAAAAGUUUAAAGUUGUUUGGUGUAAUGCAAGAUGUCUGGAUAAGGGCUGGACAAAACCCCAGGUCCUAGCACAACACCCUACCCACAAGGCCAGCUUAGUCUCUCCUCACAAAAACGCUUGUUUGAAGCUGAAAUACCAGCAACUAAGUUCAGUCUAGCCCGGAAUUAACUCUGAUUUUACACUGUGUUUUGUGCCUUCUCCUAUUUUCCCCUCAGUCUGUUCACAUCUUUAUCAUGCCAGAUGGGAGCAUCUCUUACCCUGGGUUCAUUCUCUCCAGACCUGUAGAGUCCUCAUGAUAAUCUCUCUCCCUUUGUCUAAGUAGUGUGGCUCUGUGGUGCCACAGCAUAAUGGAAGUGAGCAAAUUUUAGUGAGCAGUUGUGUAGGGAACAAAACCAAAACUCUUUGUAUCCAGCCUUGGUCUCAGCCCAACUGCUGUUACCUGCACCAGUAAGAAGUGGCAGCGUGUACGUGUGACAAUAUGUUAGAACCACUAACAAGUUUCCCUGCCUUUUUUUUUUCUUUUCCUUUUUCUUUCUUUUUGUAAUUUAUAUUACUUUGUUAAACCUAGAGCUGAAAUGUAUUGUGGAAUUUGUCUGAUUUCACUGCUUUUGCAAAAGCCCUCACUGGAAUUUCUGCUGGUUAUGGCCAGUUGGUCGAGAUGGACGUGUAGCUGACCACAACAAAGGUUGUUUAUUUGCAAUAGCCAUUUUUACUUUUUCCACCAACACUAACCAAAUAUUCUAUUUGGGUUUUUUCUUAAUUAUUUUUAUUAUUUUGAAAGUGAAGGACCUACAUUGUCCUUGUUUUCUUAGAGAACUGUUAGGGUUCGAAAGGACCUCUGAAGGUCUUCUAGUCCAUCCCCCCUGACAAGGCAGGUUCACCUAGAGCAGGUGACACAGGAACACAUCUAGGUGGGUCUGGAUUACCUCCAAGGAGGGAAACUCCACAACCUCCCUGGGCAGCCUGUGCCAGUGCUCUGCCACCCUUAAUGUAAAGAAAAUCUUCUCAUGGUGUAGUGAAACAUCUUAUGCUUUAGGUUGUGGCCAUUGCUCCUCGUCCUGUUGCUGGGUACCACUGGAAUGAGUCUGGCACCCUCCUCUUGCCACCCAAUUUAUGAGGUAUUAAUGAGAUCCUCUCUCAGUUCUCUCUUCUCCGGAAUAAACAGGCCCAGUUCCUGCAGUGUCUCCCCACAAGAGGGAUGCUCCAGACCCAAAUCACCUUUGUGGCCCUUCUGCUGGGCCCUCUCCAGUAGCUCCUGGCCUUCCUUGUUGUGAGGAGCCCAGCACUGGACACAGCACUUCAGAUGUGACCUCAGCAGGGCUGAGGAGAGGGGGAGCAUCACCUCCCUUGACCUGCUGGCCACACUCUUGCCAGUGCACCACAGCACACCACUGGCCCUGCUGGCCACAGGGGCACUGCUGGCUCAUAGUCAGCUUGCCAGCCACCGACACAGCCAGGUGCUUCUGUGCAGAGAUGCUCUCUAAGAGGUCAGCCCCAGCCUGCACAGGUACUCCAUAAUCAUCAAGUUUCUCAGAAGCAAAGGAGCUCUGAGCAAGUCAGUGACUGCAAUGAAUAAUUUUUAGAAACGCUUUUCUACAUGCAGAAUUAAAUCUUGUUUUGCCUUGAUGUGUUAUAUUUUUAGUUGACAGUGAGAAAGAAGCUUCCAAGGUUGCUACAUUCAGCUAGUUAAGAUACUCUUCCCUUCUUCCUUCCUUGCAAAACAAAUGUAACAAAUCACUUCUUGGGAUUCCUGUCUUUCUGUCUGAAUAAUUUCUGAGUUUAUUGUGUAGGAAGAGAGAAUUUCUGGGAGGGGGAAACAAAUAGACCACACCAAACAAUCGGACUUACAUAUCUAAAAUGCUCUCUUAAACAACAGCUUUUCAGAAGAAAAGUGAACUUUAUUAUGCUUCACUCAAAACUUGUAUCUUUAUUUCUUAUAAUAUGAUGUUGUUUGAGAAGAAUAUUACAACUUGCUAAUGUGGAUUGCAGAUCUUUAUUGUCUUUGAAUGUAUGAAUGUGCUUUUAAUGUUUGUUCAUAUAGAAGCUUCACCUACACCGUCAUGUUAUGCAUGCGCCUAACCCCUCAAGACAAGCUAAUUUUUUAAUCUACAGCUUGCUCUAAGCAUCAUUGAAAGCUUCAUUGUAAAGAGAGAGCUAAUAAGGUAAGAUGAAUAUCUGAUCAAAUCCUCCAUUCCUUUUUUGUCUCUUUGAUAGGGUUUGGUAUUGUCACUUCACGUGCCAAGUGCUUUUAAGGUUUUGGUAAUGAUUUGACAUAACAGGUGUUGACAUC